CGGACUCGGAACGGUGUCUCUCGUCUCAACAUGUAUAUACGAGGAGGGGCCGGUGGCAGACAGAAAACAAGUCCUCCUAAUCCAGCAGGCGGAACAAUCCGGGAAAGCGAAAUCAGCGAUGGCGGCGGCGCUUCGGUGCGCGGUGAGGAGGCUGGGCCUGGGCGGCCGCGCGCUCCAGCGGCCGGCCGUCUCACAGCGUGUUGAGGAUAACCCAAGCGGUCAGAUUGCGUCUCUUCUCGCCGGUCGGUCUAGGUCAAUCUCCUCCGCUGCUGCUCACUCACCAAACGGCAACCCAAAGCAUCCGUGUGCUUCUAAUCAGAAACAGACAGAAUACCUUGUGAGUACUCACCUGAAGCAAAUACAGAAGAAGAAAGAGGAGCUGUUCAAUCUGAUCGCUGAGCUGGACAGUAAACUCCCGUCUCACUGCAACAGAGAUAACAGAGAACUGCUCAUGGAUCUUUCUGCACAUGUCCAACCCAAACCCAAUGACCCCCAAUGGCGCUGGUAUGGAGGAGCGAAAAGAUGCAAGAAUUAUGUGAUAUAUGGGGGAAUGUUGUUUCUUGGCUACUUGUCCGUGUCGGACGAGAUCUCAGCGUUGUAUGCUGUACUCAUGGAGUAGUUUCCCAUCACAUUAUCAGAGUAUGAAGUUACUACUCUUCCUUUGGAUCUUUGCUCCUUUUUAAGGCUGAAUUGUUCGCCAUUUUUAUGUUCCCCAACAAGUGAUUAGUCAUGUUUAGGUCUCCCUGUUGUGAGACGGUUCACGAAUCUGAAACUGUGCGACCAUGGUUCUGAAUUUAUGUGUAAAAAUGGAGUGAGCAUUGAUAAGUUCA